AUGUAAAAAACACAACCAGUGAGUCGAGACACCUAGAUCUUCGACACUUUGGACUAUAAAGAUGAUUCAAUACAAGAUCUAGAAUUUUUUGGUCCUUGGCAUAAACAAAAUAAUUCAAUAUAAUAGCAAAUUGCAUAAAUUAAAAAGACCUAUACUUCCUCAACGAAUCAAAUGCCUAAUGAAAUUGUUGAAAGACCAGAAACUCAAAAUUUAUAAAUGAGAAUGAUUAAUACUUCUUUUCCUAAUAAAAGAAGAAUAACUAGAAAAAUCUCAAUUGAAUAAUCUAAUUAAUUUAUUGAAAAACCUAAAUAUGAUGAAUCUCGUUAGGUAGAAAGAAUCAUUUAAGAGUUCUUUACAGAUGAAAGUAAGGAGAAGAAGAAAAAAUAACGAUAUCGUGGUGGCUUUUUUUUCCCGCAUGCUUAUAAAUCUAAUAGCAAUACAAAAUGCAAUGGCUCGUCUUUUUAAACCACUUAAGAAUAUUUUGAUAAAAUAGCAAUAAAGAUGAUGAAAUUAAUGCCAAAUCUAUAGAAAUAGCCAUCAAAGUCUUCUUAACCUUUAAAAAAUUAAAAAACUAAAUAAAAACUUAUUCUUGAUUUGCCUAUGGCUACAAAAAGCUAUUUCCCUCCUUAAUUAUUAAUUAGCUCCACUCAAAAUAAAUAAGUAAGUCCCUAAAAUUUGAAUUCUUCUCAAAAUAAAACCUAGAUCAAAACUUAAAAUUUUCUGAGCAAAACAGGAAAGGGUCCUGUCUGGAAGAUAAAUAAUUACACUAGUAUAUGA